UUGCAGCUCGCUGCCGAUCUUGAUGGCGAGAUCAAUGUGAUCCAUAAAUUUGUACGUGACAAAUACGAGAAACGGUUCCCCGAAUUGGAGACAUUGGUGCCGAAUCCGCUGGAAUAUUUGGCUGCAGUGAAGCUUCUUGGAAACGAAAUCAAUACGAAAGGGCAGAACAAGGAACUGCUAGGGCAAAUUCUUGCGCCGGCAACAUGUAUUGUAGUCUCUGUUACUGCAUCAACAACGCAAGGCAAAUCUUUGGAACCUGACGAGUUGAACGUUGUAAGAGAAGCGUGUGAUUUGGCAGAGAAGUUGCAUACGGACAGAAUUUCAAUGUACCGCCUGGUCGAACUUCGCAUGGCCUUGAUCGCUCCCAAUCUCGUACAUUUACUUGGAGCUGCAACUACUGCGUUAUUGGUAUCACAGGCCGGAGGACUGGCACCAUUAUCACGUAUGCCGGCGUGUAAUAUCCAGGUUCUGGGUAGGCAGAGAAAGUCGUUGGCGGGGUUCUCGUCUACUUCUGCUUUGCCACACGCUGGGUUCGUGUAUUUCCAUCCGCUCGUUCAGUCAAUGCCUCCAGAUCUGAAAGCGAAAGCUGCCAAAAUUCUUGCUGCCAAAUGCACCUUGGCGGCGCGCGUGGAUUCGCUUCAUGAGUCUCCAAAUGGUGCAAUUGGGAUUAAUCUCCUUGAGCAGCUAACAAAGCUCUGCCGAAGCCCGUUGGAUAAAGCCAGUAAGAAGAGAGGAGGACGUCGUGUGCGAAAGAUGAAGGAGAGAAUGGGCAUGACAGAUUUACGUAAGAGUGCUAAUCGUAUGAACUUCGGAGAACUGGCAGAGGAUGUUCUACAAGAUCACAUGGGCUUCGAUUUGGGACAGGUUUGUUCGUCUCGCAGCGUCUGGAUUACUUUUCGGUAA